ACAGUCUUUGCCUUUAUUGCAAUGUUUCUUUUUAGGAAAGGAUAUAAGCAAAGAGACUAUCAAAACAACAAACGUAGUACAUUGUAUAUGCCAAGGAAACGAUCGUCAAUAACGGACAAGUAUUGGUUUUCUGAUAAACCAGCGUUUGUGGACUUGUCUACUUUCAUAGCAUACGAUGAGAAGCCACCAAAACAACGCAAAGAUAUGACUAUGUAUGAAUCAUUCAUCGCAGCCAUCAGAAACUGUACUCAUCACAAGACUCUUCGCCCUGUUCAUUUAGCUACUGAAGGCUCGGAAAUAAAAGUGAACAAAGGAUGGUUGAUAGCGGCAUGGGUAUUUUCAAUUCUAGUGAUUAUUAUAUGUGCAUAUCUUGUUAUGCUAUACAGUCUUAAGUUUGGGAAAGUAAAAAGCUUAAAAUGGUUAAGCAGCCUGGUGGCAGCACAAGCUCAAGAUAUUUUCAUCUUUUCUCCGCUGAAAAUACUGAUACUUGCCUUAUUAUUAUCAGCUGCAUUUGAGAGAACAACUGACAUUUCUGCGUUCAAACUUGAUGUCAACAAGGCAGUUAAAUGUGACCUCGUUGGAGAUAAAAAAUACUUGGAUAAUUUAAUAGAGUACCGAACAAAGAGUAUAUACUACCCCAUGACAGAUGAAGUUAAAGCUAAAAAAAGAAGAAAGACCAUGAGGAAAAUGAAGUGGAGAAUCAUUUUAGAUUUUCUCGCCGUGCUGACGUUUAUAUUGAUUCUGUGCUACAUUAUGAAAAUUCUGUGGAGCGGAGCGCACUUCCAUCCUAACUCUCAUGCUGCUGAGAUGAUGAUGACCAAAUAUAACGGCCGAUUUGUCGCACUGCAGGAUGUUUACAAUCGGACACAAUUCUUUACCUACCUACAGAACACUUUUGUGCGGUCCUUGUUUGUUUUUAGAUGGUUUAAUGAUUUAAAUUUCCAAACACUAAGUCCUUCAGACGCUCCUGAAAGAAAAGACUGGACAAAGGAUUUUGUAUCCAAAAUGGUGGGAGCGCCUCGACUGAGGCAGUUAAGAAUUGUUGCCAGUUCCUGCGCAGUACAUCACGUUAUGGUAGUCGCUGUGCAGGAUUGCAUCCGACCGUGGAGUGAGGGCUACAUGGACACUGACACUUACGGUGUCCAAUGGAAGAAGGCGGACUUUGACGACGAGAUUGCGUAUGCUUGGGGUUACCGGACCUACUGGAUGUAUCAGGAGCCCAAGAACACCUCUGUGUUUCCAUUAUCUGGGAAAUCGGGAGUUGUCUAUCCCUCCGGAGGGUACAUUCUACCUCUUGCCGUCAAGAGAGAUCAGAGCAAAUCGUACGCAAUCCAAGUGGAGCAGGAACAUUGGGUCGAUCAUCGUACAAGAGCCGUGUUUCUUGAGCUGACGCUGUACAAUGUAAACAACAACUUGUUCAGUCAAGUUACGGCGAUCAUAGAACACAUGACCUCUGGGCUCUUCAUGACGCUUGCGAACGUGGAUUCGGUACACACAAAAGAAGAUUUCAGUGUUUGGAACUUAAUUUACAUAGUCUUCAUUGCUGCUUUGGCCUUACGAAUCGCUUACAAAAUGAACAGAAAUGGAUUGUUCAAUUUUUUCAGGAAUUUUCUAAACAUUUAUGAAGUACUAGUUGUGGCUGUUGGAGUGCUAAGUGUAAUAUUUUAUCUGAUUCAUACAAAAGUUUCUACUAUUUAUGUAGAGGAAUUCUACAGGGAAGGGCUAGAUUUGUUCUUCAAUUUUGAAGAUAUGAUCAAGUAUUUUCGGUACACCAAGGCACUUUUGUGGAUACUCUUCUGUUUGUUGGUGUUCCGGUUGUUUGUGAGCUGGCAUUUCGGCGAGAACUACUUCUACUAUUACCACACGUUCGUGUUUUCUUUGCAAUGGAUUGUCAUUUUGUUGAUUUUCUUGUUGUAUUACUUUUAUUUAGUCUGGAGAAUGAUUGGUUACUCCAUUGACGGAAAAGUUUUUUACAACAGCCGUGUGAAUAUUCUACACUACAAAAUGUACAACUGUAUAUACAAACGAGAUUUCCACGAUCGAACAAAACUGAUCGCCUUUGUACUAUGUGUAAUGGCGUUGUUUUUUAAAGUAAUUUUCUUUGUGAUGUUCACUCACUACUUCCAAAUAGGAAAACGGAAACGAUUACUUCCAAUGGAAUAUUUCAACUUUUUCACUUUUUUUGCUGAAGAAUUUGGACGAUGUUUCGGGAAGAAAAAAGAAGAGGAAUUUGCAACUGAUAGACAAAUACAUAGGAAGAGAGAUGUUAAAAGGUCAAAGAGGUCUACCAUAUAUUAAUUUUUCCACCCCAUAGUUCUGGUGGUAUAUUUUUGCAACCUUUAUCAUUUUUGUAUUAUAAUAGCUAAAAUUUAAAAUAAAAUACUUCUAUCCAUA